AUGAAGCUGCGGAGGAGCAAACUACAAAGAAUCAAACGAUUAGCGCCUUACGCUGGAAGGUCACCGGCGCAGGCGAAACUUGACAAGCUUUGGGGAUUCAAGCCGAUUGACGUUGAGCGCAAGGAUGUGCGCCGCAAGGCGAAAGCAAAGGCAAAGAAGGUGCCCUUGACACCGCUAGACAAAGUAGAAGAGACGUUCGCUGCGCUUGAAAAGGUCGAGGAACAGCAGGAUACUACCGUAACUGAGCCGGAGAACCAUGCGCAGGACAAACAGGAUGCGCAACAUCGCAAACCAUGGCAGCUCGAUCCAGAAACGGCAAGGCAGAAACGUGCCUUUAAGGAGGCGGUAAAUGACCUGCAUAACCUGGUUUAUCCGCACCUGGACCCUAUCGCAAAGCGCCAGUACACCAACGCCAAGCUCAUAGCACUCGGCGGAAAGAUCGCAAAAAACAGGAAGAUGCCUUACAACGAGUUCAUGCAACGCUCACGGGCACUCAAACGCCACGUGGAGAAGAACAAAGAACUGGAGAAAGAACUCGGGGUCAAGCUCUUCACUGACACUAAGGGUGGCUCACGGUUCGUCGACAUCGAGAGAAGGAAACGAAUCAAGGAACUGAAGAAUACCAAAUCGCCAUUCCAUUUCGGAGACCGGAAUGGUGUGUAUCGCAUUAAACCUAAGAAGAACAGAUGA